GCAUUUGUAAGGUGGCGACUGGCGAGGGAUCAUUUACUAAUGCACAAUUUUAAUUUUAUAAAUGCUUAAAAUAAUUCUGUACUCAGAACUGUUAGUGUAAGUUUGUUCGCGAGUUUGUUUUGUUUUGAGUUUGGUUUCAAUUCUUAUUAAGUGUACAGUGAACGCAUAAUUAUAAAAAUUGUGCUGGGUUCCACCAUUGAAAUAACCAAGUAGUGACCGAGAGUACCAGAAAAGGUUCACCGACAGCGCAUUGCAGACUGGUCCAGAUAUUUUCACAUGGAAUGUAGAUUCAUAGCAUCAUGAAUGGCAAAGUAAACGGUACUAUGGAAAAUCCAGUUGAUACUUCUCCAAAACCGCCAGACAAUUUACAAAAUGAAAAGCAAACUGCUUCUGAAGGCUGUGAUAAUGCAACAAAUCUCUGUGAAAAUAGCAAUAACACUGAGGACGGUAAUCACUUAGACAGUGAAAGCAGUCAAGAGGGAAUGGCUCAUAGCAACGCGGGGGACUUGGACAAUGAUGACAGCAACGCCAGUGAUAGUCAGGAACAUGACAUCCAACUGUCAACAGAGGGGCCGGACCUACCUGAAAAUGAUAAUGAUAACAGUAACAUCAUUAUUUUGGAGAAUAAUUGUGGCAACAGUAAUGAAUCGUUUGCAGAGUCUCUAACCAAUUGUCAAGUGAAGACAGAUGCAAAUGAUGAAAACCUGCACAAAAUCAUGGUUGAAAAGAACCAAGAGGCUGAAGAAGCAAGGGCCCUUGGUAAAGGUACCACCACUAUUACUCGCAUCACUGAAAUCACACCAGAUGAGGUUUCUGAUACCAUGCUGGAUUCAGAAGUAGACUCUUCAGAUGAAGAUAUAUUUGAAGGUGAACCAAGAGCUGAAGACACAGUGAGUAUCAACUCAGACAGUGAUACAUACAGGCCAGUUGACCUGUCACAAGAAGACAUCAUUAAAAUAAAAAAUAGUAAUAUAGUUUUAUUAGACAAUGAAGAUGGGUCUCUUAGUCAAAAUGGGAAUUCCCAUGAUUCACUUAGUCCAGAAGUUCAAGAAAUUGUAAGUGAUAAUGAUGACUGUGUUGUGGAUGUAGAAAAGGUAGUGAGUGAUAGCAAAGUACAACUGCGACGCAGCAGUAGGGCGAUAAAGCGUAAAAGAUAUAUUGAUGAAUUGGAAAAUGGUGGUAAUGACUCUGAUAACCCCCCACCAGGACCAGUAAGUCGCAAGAAUAAACCAAUUGUUAUCAAUGAUACAAAGGCAUUGGUUGAAAUGGCAGCCAGGCAGAUGAAGACCAAUCAGAAUCACUCGCAAAGAAAGCCGCCUACUGUUGUAAUAAUUGACAUCAAUACCAAGCCGUCUGAAAAAUCUUCAAGUUCACAUAAGCCUGCUGGGUUGCCAAUAAGUUCUAAUUUAAGUGCACAAAAUCUUUAUCAGAGCAUUGUGGCUCGAGGCACGACUGUGACGCCAGUGAGCAGCAAGACUAACGCGACCACGCAGAGCUCGAGCCAGGCCGCGCAGCCCUCUAUACUGCCUUCACUAACAGACGACAUGUUCGUAGUUGAAGCCCCGUCUUUCAUAGUACCCUACGUUUACGAAAAACCUUCAGUGAAACCAUUCAGGGAGUUUGUAGACUUGUUGGGUAAGGAACUAGAUGAACAGAAAGCCAAAGAAGAUAAAGAGUUACAGGAACAAAAAAAAGAUGAAAAAAAGGAAAAAGAUAAAUAUGUGAAGAAAGAACAAGGUGACGAAGAUGCAGCCCAGUCAGAGGAUGAGCCAGCUUCUGGAGGUGUUGAUUCAGCUGAGGUUGAGGAAGUUGAUGCUGAGCAAGUUGAUGACAAGAAAAAGAAGAAGAAAGAUAAACGAAGGCGUGGUGAGGAAGAUGAUGCAUCUUGGGAUGGAGAAUCUUCCACAGACUCUGAGGAUGAAAUCCUGAUGAGUGAUGAAGAAAAUAAGACUAUUAUUCUUAAAGAUAAAGUUGAUUCUAUAGGAGAGAUAAAAGAUGUUGCAGAUUUAACUGCAGAUAAGGUGUGCUCAAACAAAUCAGAUAAUUAUUUUGAUUGUUCCCUCGGAAAGUUUUUUAUGAAUAUUGGCUUAAGUUUGGUGCAAGAAUAUGUACAAAGUGAUUUAUUGAAACAACAGAACAGGAAACUAAAUAGAGAGAAGAAAUCUGGAAAUAGUACUAGAGCCACAGAGUCAUCUAUUGCUUCACUUAGUAAAAAUAUUGAAUUUAGCAAAGCAAAUAAUGCACCUUACUCGUUUCCUCAGAAGAAAUGCGAAUUUUGUAGUUUUAAGACGGAGUCUCAGUUGGCGUUGGCUCAUCACUUGGAGACGCCACACAUGAAGAAUAAUGUUUACAAGUGUAACUUCUGUCCGUUUGAGAUACGGAGUCCUCAUGAUAUACUAUAUCACAUGGAAGCGGAGCAUAAUAUCAGAGGGAAGUUAGAGAGAGCCCCCGCUUACCACCAGUGCGCCAACUGUCCUUUCGAGGACAACGGCAAAGGAAAAUUGGCGCGCCAUCUAAUUCCUUGUGCCAAGAAAUUUAAACCUGAAACGAAUUUGGCUCCACCGCUUGAGUGGGAGCCUCCUGCUAAAAUACCAAAGAUAACCAGAUCCCGCAACAGUAUGAUGGGUUCUUACCAGAAUAACUUGAACCGGGGUCACAUGGGCAGUAGUCAGGGGCGUCAGGUGGCUAGCUUUACGGUCAGUGCUUCGUACCGGCCCCGCACUCGCACGCCCAUGUCCGUGGCGCCACGAUCUCUGCCCGUGCAUGGGGUCCCUAUAUUACGCAGCGGCGUUAUGGUCAGGCACAAUGCGCCGGCUUCCCUGUCUUCAAAUUAUCCAGUCUCUAAUCACGUAAGACAGAAGUCGGUGCAUCAGCCGUCGAUUUCCAUAACCCCACUGCCUCGGCAGUCGCUGCCCGCGCCAGUGCAGUUCCCGCCCCCACAAGUCGUCAACUCCAAGAGUACCUUCGUCAUUUGCGAGAUUUGUGACGGCUACAUCAAAGAUCUCGAGCAGCUACGAAAUCACAUGCAAUGGAUACACAAAGUGAAGAUCCAUCCUAAGAUGAUCUACAACAGGCCGCCACUUAAUUGCCAAAAAUGUCAAUUUAGGUUUUUCACGGACCAAGGCCUAGAACGACAUCUGCUAGGUUCUCACGGCCUUGUCACUAGUUCAAUGCAAGAAGCCGCCAAUAAAGGCAAGGACGCCGGCAGGUGCCCCGUCUGUGGCAGGGUAUACCAAUGGAAGUUGCUGAACCACGUGGCCAGAGAUCACAACCUUACGUUGAAGCCAGCUCACUUGUCAUACAAAUGCACGGUUUGUACGGCCACGUUUGGCAUGUACAAGCAGUUUGAAAGUCACGUGUAUUCUGCUCACAGCGUGGUCGCCAAGCGAGUCAUGGACAAAAGCAAGAGUGCGGCCCCACCUAAGGCUAGCGAAUCGCUCCUGAAGCCAUUGAAAAUUAAUGACGAGAUUACAAUUAUACCGCAGCCCGUGAAAGCGGCUAAUACUCCCAAUAAUAAUGAUGAUUAAGAAUUAGCGGCGCUAGGCGUCGCUGGUUGGUGGUGCGAGCUUGCCGUAUCCGUCGUGUCGUCAAUCAGGAAGGCGCCACUUCACCGUGACGUUAUGCAUGGAACUCCCCCCUUAGUGUACAUUCCAAUACGAACGCAUUCUUGCUACGCGUAUAACAUUAAGCCUAUAAAUACUGUACUAUAUGUCCGCUACGAGAGAUUGUGUAGCGACAGCUCGUCACACAGCGUUCCAGGUAAUUAGACUUCUAAAAUAUUAUACAUUACACUGCCUAGGCUUCAAAAGCCAGUGAUCUUUAUCAUAAAUUCGAAUAUGGAACCAAGAUUCCAUUUUUGAUUUUAUACAAUACAUUCAAUUAUGCACGGCAGUCAUUCGUAAUUUUCGAUGUUGUAAAUUUCGUAAUAAUUAACGUAAUUUUAUACACUAUUUGUAAUUUGGAAUGUACACUGAUCAAGUGGAGCAAGUAACUCACGUAAAUGUUAAACAUACCUCAGCGAAUCUUAGAUAUAUUGUAAUUUUUUAUGUAAGAUAUUAUAAUGUCAUAUUCCGUGAGGGGUGAAGAGGAGUUGAAAUUGAAACUUAUUUGGAUUUAUAUAGUAAGGUAAACAAAUGUGUGCGGGUUGUGUUAUUGCGAUGGGAUACAAAGUCCGUCUAUUUAAUAUUAUUUUUGAAGAGGAUCUUGUUUGACAAUAUAAUAACUUUACAUGAUUAUGCAUGCCACAGUCAAGCUAUUAGCAAUUUGCAGUUCGUAAUUAAUUGAUUGAUUAUGAAACACUCUUCAUGUUACCGAAACACAAUUUGUAAUUGCUGCUAGCGCUUAGUACCAAGUAUGCUCUACAUACUAUGUAAGUAGAUUAUACUAAAUCUGGUUGAGUUUGAUGAUGUGAUGUGUCUUGAAUUAUGUUAUGUGUGAGUCUAAAUACAAUCUAGGUUCAUCAACAUGAUUAUAAUGAACCUCUACAGUGAAAAGCAAUUUAAAAGCAAUAAUUGUAGGGUAGUUUCCAAGUGGAAUUACCUGCCUUAGAGCACAUGAAGCCUAGCCGGAUGUUGAUUACUGGUCUAACCUCAUGCACGUUGUCCACAAGAAAUUAUAGAAGUUUAGAUUGCCACUUUAUGGUUAGGUGCCGAGCGCCUUCUAUGGUUCACACCUAACUUACUGGCGGUUCACAAUAAGUUGAUCGCGGCGAGAUGCGCAUGUCUCAUCACACAUAUCCUUCGCGCGCUCUGCAGUCUCAAGCGAUAUACCGUUCACGCCAUUAAGUUAGACAUGAGCUAUGAUAUCAAGCGUUAGGUCAGUUUUAUUAUCUUGCCGCAUGCAGCUAGACUUUAAGUCGACCCAAACAAAAUAUUGAUUAAUAAGACUAUUCGUGAUGACUAUGUUAACAAAGAUAACCAUUAGGAGACUAUAACUUUUCUAUGUAUAAUGUUGCCAAUACCUGGAAAUGUCGCACCGAAAAGUUUCCUUUUCAUUUAAUUGACCUUAGAACUAUUGUAAAUAUAGUAAUUUCUUCGUAAUUUUAAUUUAGUAGUUCACAUGUUUUGCAUGCAUCGCGACCAAAUAUAUGUUUGACUCAGGGUAACACUAAUAUUAAAAUGUAAAACACGUAGGAAGCGUUUCAUAUCAUAUUGCUGUCGUAGUUGAAAUGUCUAAAUCGUAAUGAUCGAAGUGGACUCGACCGUUGUUGUAGCGACGAGUAGAUGCACACGUCAAACUUGAACAUUAUAACGUUUUCAUUAAGCACUGAGACAUCUACGUCGCAUCAAAUAUGCUGAUUGUAUGCGGUCGGCAGAACUUUGUUGCUUUUCAUAGAUCUUAUAUUUAAACGUGUUAUUUACAUAUGAAAAAUAUUGAUUCUUUAUUUUUUAUAGCUUACUAAACAAUCAGAUACAGAUAUAUUUACCAAGUAUAUAGUGUCGUGCAAUAGAUAUAUUUUGUAGAUGUCUUCAGUAAUAAUAAUACCAGGUGUCGUGAGGCCCUCGGCUCGUGUGACGGCAGCUGUCCUCUCGUGAGCGGCCUCUUGUGAUUUUAUCUUGCAAAGAAUCUUUUCAAUGGCCUUCCGAAAUAUUCAACUGAAUUAAAAUAAUAUUCUAUUUGAUAUCAGUUCUAUGCUCAAUAGAAGUUUAAUCUUAGUAAAUGUUUGAAAAAAUAUGUAGACGCCGAUCACCUACGAUCAAAAUUGCACUGUUUGUACAUAAUGCGAUUUCAAUGACAAAAGAGAAAUAAGUAAACGUUUAGUCGUAUAUCGUCGCAAAAGGCCAAUUCGUGAAUGGACUAGUUCUCGAAAGUAUUAAUUCGCGAAAUAGCUAAUUCACAAAAGGACUAAGUAGUAAAAUGCCUAAUUCGUGAAAGGACUCAUUCGUAAAAGGUCUAAUUUGUAAAGUGGCUAAUUCUCCGAAUGGCCAACUCAUUCCAUGAGUUAAAUGAUAUGAAAAAUCUAAGUAAAUUUUCUAGGUUAUGUUAUAUUUUAUAACAAAUGCAAACAAUAACUUAGCAAAAAACAUUAUUAAACUAGAACAAUCAUAGAUUUUUAUAGCGAAAAACACCGUAUCUUACAAUGAGUCAUAUAACAUAUUUUAAAAGUUUCAUCACUACAAUAAUAGAUGAAGAAAAUACCAAGUGAUUUCUAUAUUCUCUAUCAACUUUAGAACAACAACUAUUUACUCAUCCGUUGACUAGGUGGAGCUACUUUUAAUAAUUAGGCAUUAUACGACUAAACGAAGUAAACAUCACAUAUUUAUUUGUAACUUAUUUUCAAUCAAGUAAAAUUAUGUUGGUCAAUUGAUUUCUUAAAAUCUUUGUUAGCGUUUAGUACAUUUAGUGAAUGUCGACUUUUUAAAUCAUUGAAUUGGCUCGUGAUGCUUAUAGUGAUAAAUCUGUUGCAUGUGGAUUUGGGUGACCAUAGUGGCUUGGAUGUUGCAGUCGUAAAAAAUAACUAAUCAAAGUAAAAUAUAGUAAAAAGGCUGAAAAUUCAACAUCGUGCAUAGGGUGGUUGUACACUUUCUUAGUUCUCGUGUUAGCUGAAGUCUCUUGUAAGGGUUGUUGUGUUCCUCUGAUGUUUGUUUGAACCAUGGCCACUGGAGCCAAGUUAUUAUGUUUAUUUAUACACAAGCCGAUAUGGUCGCACCGUGUCAGUUUUGUAAAAGGUGAUAAAAAAAUGAUAUAAGCAGGUUUUUUUGAUUAUUAUGAAUAGCUGUGUUUAUACUGACUUUUUUUUCGAAGCUGUGUUUUUCAAGAAUUUUUCAAAGAAGUUGUACCUAUCAUCACCAUUUCAUAGCAAUAGCCGCUGUGUUAAUUAAUACAUAUAAGUUUAGACACAUAGCGUAAUAAAUAUAUUCGAAGCCCGAAUUUCUCUUUGUAGGCUAUUUUGUCUGAUCGAGUGCGUCGAAAUACUACAUGAUUGUGUUUAGGAGUGCACAUUCCUAAUGAGUAAAGAAUUAUUUCAUUGUAGUAAUACCGGGAGGUGCGUGGUUAAUAUUUAUUAUUUAAACCUAGGUUGUUAAAUUAGCUUUUAGUUAAAUUGAGAGUAAAAAAUAAUAACUUAAAGAGUUUAUUUUCUGCUACUGUGUUUUUAUUUUCCGAUACUUGUGUUUCUAAACUUGAGUGAUUGCGAUAAGCAGAACCUAAUUUAGGUUUUGAAGAUCAUAAUAUAUUAAUACCUAAAAGAACACGAUUCGAAAGUUUUGUAUCAUUUUGUUAUCUUGUAAAUAAGGUAUCGUUUAAGUAUUUGUAAUAAAGAUACCUUACCAUUA